CCAUCGUGCCAGCCCCUCGGGUCUCAACGAGGCUGGGUGAUGCUCCAGAAUGGGAGACAAGCCAAUUUGGGAGCAGAUUGGAUCCAGCUUCAUUCAACAUUACUACCAGUUAUUUGAUAAUGAUGGAACCCAACUAGGCGCAAUUUACAUUGAUGCGUCAUGCCUUACGUGGGAAGGACAGCAGUUCCAGGGGAAAGCUGCCAUUGUGGAGAAGUUGUCUAGCCUUCCGUUCCAGAAAAUCCAGCACAGCAUCACGGCGCAGGACCAUCAGCCUAUGCCAGAUAGCUGCAUCAUCAGCAUGGUUGUGGGCCAGCUUAAGGCCGAUGAAGACCCUAUCAUGGGGUUCCACCAGAUGUUCCUAUUAAAGAACAUCAACGAUGCUUGGGUUUGCACCAAUGACAUGUUCAGGCUUGCCCUGCACAACUUUGGCUGACCUCCUCCUAGCCAGGCACUCACGCUGUUUCCUCCUCCCUCCUCUUCCCAAUACUAUUCACACUCCUCCAGAUGCUCCAGAUAUCAUACACAAAUAAGCAGGGCCGCGGUGGGAGUGGGUGCAGUGCGCUACUGCCACCGAAGUGUUGUGCAUGAUGUUUGGACACUAGACUAGUUGCAUCUGACAGGAGAAGUUUGUGUUGUACCAGCACAUGCCUUGGAAAGACUUAAGUAAUGCAAAAGGUUGUCCUUUUUUUUGUUUAAUCUACUGACAAGUUGCUCUAGUAACCCAAAGAAGUGAAGGAGAAAGCAGCUGCCUCACCGCCCAGAUAUUGAUUUGUUCAGAUGUUUCAAUGCCUCAUGAUACAAUAAAACCACGAAAAUUUU